CGGCUGUUGACGUCAUCCGCAGGCGUCGCAGAGGCUGCCCGGGCUCGGCCCACGUAGGGCGGCGCGUUACCUUUCUCUCUCUCUCCGUGGUGGGGGUGUCAUGGCUCCCGCCGCCGCCGCCGCGCAGCCUCCGGAGGUUCAGUUCGCACAGAGGCUGGCCGCGAACGAGAAGCGAGUUCGGGACCGGGCGCUGAAGAAGCUGCGCGGCUACCUCGCUCUCCGGACUCGGAGCCCGGCGAGUAAGAGCGGGGAAGGGAUGCGGGGGAAGCACGUGGCGCUGGUGGGGCAGAGCAGCCGGGCGCCCCGGGUUGCUGGAGCGGCGGAGAGGGCAGCGCGUGGGGCAGAAGAGCAGCCGCCCGAAGCAGCGACAGGACUGAGGAGGGAAAGGCGGGCGUGGGGUUGAGCGGGCACAUGGCCGCCGGGACGUGAGGUGCUUGCAACCGGGCUCUGCUGCUCAGGUACCGUGUGAACUACUGAGGGUCGGUGGGAUAAGCGAGUGUGGAGUCAUGGUACGGUUGAAGGGGAGGCGCCGCUCUUCAUGGGCAAAUGGGCUCCCGUUAUCUCUAGGGGUAAGGGCUUUUGUAGGACAGGCUGGGGAAACUUGCCUCCUUUUCUCUAAUACGCAGUUUACUUCUGUUGCUCCAGAUACCUUUAGCCAGGAAGAAUGGCUGAAAAUAUGGAAAGGACUGUUCUACUGCAUGUGGAUGCAGGAUAAACCCCUGCUUCAGGUAUGUACAAUCUGUGUAAGGAUGUAUUGCCGUGAUAUUGCCUAUGAAUGGAGCAGUUGUCUGUGGACCUUGCCUGCUCCACCCUCGGGAGCACAGUGUAAUGGCUGGAGAGGACACUGUGCCCCUUCUUCAUCAUGCACUGACGUUGUUUAUGCUUUUAUUCAUGUAUUUUCCCCCUCUGGCAUGUUACAGUAUAUGGGGGUAACAAAAUACCCAAUGUUCAGUUGGAAUUUGGAGGUGAUUUUUUUGUCCCCAUAAUAACAUGAAAGACAAUUGUACAGGGUGAGGAGUGUGGUAAGUAAAUAGUCAGUGGUUGAAAUUUGGAGACAUGUCUGCUACUGUACAGGUAGCACAGAAGACUGUUGUAGGUCUGUCUCUGACCAAAUUCUGCGUUGAAAUGUCCACCCUGUUUUGGGUAAGGUUCUUCGUUUGUCUACUAUUUCAGACCAACUGUGAUAAUAUAGUUUGACCUUAUUGGUCAAAUUAUCAAAUAAUCUUUUCUUUGUUUGGGGGAGUUUAGAGAACAGUUUCAGUGUUUGGGAGUGAGGGGGUAGUUUCUGAAAAGGAAAAAUGGAAUCUACUCUUGGAACGUUGUAUACUAAAAAAAUUCCUUUCAUUUUUAGGAGGAGUUAUCGAACAAUAUAGCACAACUUACCCAUGUAAUAGAGAAUAUAGAUGCUUGUAAGUUAUUUUUAUUUUUUUAUUUUUUACUUUUAUUAUAUGUUCAGGGGUUUCCAGCCAAGUUUGUUUGUUAUGCUUAUUAGUAUAUAAAAAAAGAAUUGAUGUCCUGAAGCAUUGUGUCUUCAUUUUCUAUGAAAACCACAUGAAUAGCCCAUGAUUAUUUUUUUUUGAGGGCAGUGUUUGGGCAGCCACUGUUUGCUGCAGAAUUGCAUACCUUACUACAUAUAAGAGGCUCUAUUGGUCACAAGGUGAAAUUCUUACUCAUCAUCAAGACUCCUGUAGAACUCAUCAAUGCGGGCAGCUAUACUUAACCAUAGAAUUCAGCUGAAACAUGUGGAAUGCUAGGUCAGACAUUCUCUCCAUCUGUACUGAGCAGUUCUGAGAAGUAACUGGAAUAACAUGUGAAUAGGUCCUGUGUAUGUUUCUGUUGGGAGAAUAAAAUGUCAGCUCCCUCUGGAUAAAUCUUGGAAAAUUAGGCCUUGGGGAGUAGGAUGGAUUUGAUGGGUUGGAUUUGAUCCUUGCCAACCCCUUCAGGUUUUUUGCUUCAGCAGCACACUGAUGGCUUUGUGCUUCCUUCACUUAUUGAGAACAGAGAGAUAAUUAACUACCAUUGUUCACAUUUGGAGUUGUCUUAAUUGUCCUUCACAUGUGAAAAUAGAUAGAAUCCUGCUGGCCACAUCUAGUCCAGCAUCCUGCUCUCACAGUGGCCAGCCAGAUGCCUCUGAGAAGCCUAUAACUAGGGCCUGACUGCAGAAGUGCUCUCCCCAGAAGCGCUCUCCUGAAUCCCAGGAACUUGUAUUCAGCAACAUACUGCCUCUAACACUAGAAGCAGCAUAACCAGCCAUCAUGGCUAGGGGGCAUUUGUAGCCUUAUCUUUCAUGAAUUGAUAUUAAAUCCUCUUUUCAAGCCAUCUGAGUUGGUGGUUGUCAUUACAUCUUGUGAAAACAGUUCUACAGUAGCUACUAUUUAUUUGUUUGUUUAUCAUUUUCUGUAUAAAUUUUAAGGUGAUGUAAAGAAUGCAAUAAAAACAGUUUAAAACAAUACAGAAAAUAGUGGAUAAAAAUAAAUGCAAAAUAGACACCAGUGACAGAUGCCUAUUCACCCUGCUGGGAAAGUGUCAUAACAAAGUUGUCUUCAAUUGUUUCUGGAAAGUGCAAAUAGUGGGCACCUGUCAUAUUGCUACAGGAAUGCUGUUCCACAAAACACACUAAAAGCCUGCAUUACUGUGGAGCAAGCUUCUGAAAUCUUUGGAACUUGUAGGAAAAUCUCUUCUGCAGACUGCAAUGACCAACUUGGGUAGAUAGAGGAUAAAGCCAUCGGUCAAGUACACAUUAUGUGAAGAAGUACUAUCUUUUGUCUCUGCUGAAUCGUCUAACAUUCCGCUUCAUUGGGUGGUCUCACUUUUUGUAUUAUGAGAGAGAGAAAUUAUCCACUUUUAUCACAUUGCACAUUUUUUUUUCACCUCUUAUGCAUUCCCCACCUUACAGUACUCGUAUUUCUUUUAAACUGCAAGCUUCAGCUUUAUAUUUCCCCUCUACAUUUAUAAAAGGUGUAGUGAAAAUGUUUUGAACUAACACAGCUUGUAUGGAACUUUAAAGCUGCUUCUAUUUAUUUCACUGCAGGGCAUUUGUUCAUUCAGACUUUCUGGCAGACCAUGAACCGUGAGUGGAAUGGAAUAGACAACCUGCGCUUAGAUAAAUUUUACAUGGUAAAAGCUGUUUCUUAAACUGUGUUUUAAAGGGGCAUAAUCAGUGGGGUGGGGUGAAAAAUCUUCCAAUUUUUGGAUUGCACUGUUUCAUAAAAUUAGGUAGUAGCAUAAUGAAUGAACACAACACAACACAAGUAAGAUUCAGCAAUGGGAAUAGAUAGAGAACUCUUCAAAUGUAAAGUUAGAAUUCACAUUUUUUAAACCAGAGUGGGGAGACGUGAACAUGUCAUGUUUAAUCUUUACUGUUGUGUGCUGGGGGAUUUUGGUGUUAUGGAGAAACCUUGCAUGAGUUCUGCAGUCUCACCAUACUUCCGUAAUCCAUUUAGCAUCAAGAGAAGACUUUAAAUUUCUAUAUGUGAAGUUACGUUCUUACAAAAACAGGAAAAUUGGCUAUAAUCCUAUAAGUGCUGAUUUCAGGGUAAAGCCGAAUCGAAACAGUAGGUCUUAUAGACAUGUAUAAGGUUGCAUGGAUGGUUAAGAUGUUUGUCAACAAAGUGAUGAUUUCCUAUCAAUUGAAACACGAUGGGAUGUAUCUUUUUCUAACCUAGCUGAUCCGCAUGUUGCUGAGACAGUCCUUUGAAGUAUUGAAAAGAAAUGGAUGGAAUGAAAGGUAGGUGGCGCCUCUGGGGAGUAUGUGUGUGCACACGUGUGUGUGUGUGAGAGAGAGAGAGAGAGAGAGACUAAAACUACUCUUGCUCACUCUAAAUCUAUUGAUGAGUUACCAAUAAUUUUUCUUUCACUAUCCCUGAUAAGCAUUAUAGAAGCAUAGAAUUGUGGAGUUGGAAGGGACCCUGAGGAUCAUCUAGUCCAGCCCCCUGUAAUGCAGGAAUAUGUAGCUGUCCCAUAUGGGGAUCAAACCUAUAACCUGGGCAUUUUUGGCACCAAGCUGUAACCAGCUGAGCUAUCCAGGCUGACGUAAUGGGCCUCAUCCCAAAAGCUCAUAUUGUGCUCACUUCCUUUAUACAUAUUUUUCUGCAAAUCUGGUUUUGUAUUCCAAGCAGCAAUUCUAAGAUAAAUUGAACACAUACGUGACAUAUUUCCGGGUAGACGUAUAUUAACGGCAGUGUUAAAACUUGUACUACGGCCAUAAAUUGAAUAGCAAUAGUAAGAAUACUUCACUGGGGAUUAUUCCUAAGUAAACAUCCAUAGACUUAGACCUAUAUAAAGUGCUGUAUAAAGUAGCAAUACAAUAAUAAUAAAAAUGUUCUUAUAAUUAAAUUUCAGUGUUUCUGCUAUUAUUUUCUCCCACACACUUGCAUCCUGCCUACAAUGCACACAAUAAAUUCUGUUGCUGAAGAAAAAAGAGGCACAUGGCCUAUUUGUUAAAAAGGCCUCGAUGCAAUCCACUAGAAAUACCAGAUUGUGUUCCUAGAAGAAAAUAAAGGUUUGAGUAGAGGUUCAGUAGAUUAAUUGCACCGUGAGAAAAGUUAGGAAUUGUUUAAUAGUUAAAAUCUGUAUUGUAUCUAUUUCCAAUCUAUAGAAAAUCUGCAUUGCUUAGGUGAGAUUCCCAUGAAUCCUGUGCAAGUUGUGUCAGCUGUGCAACUUAUACCAAUGUACAUAUUUGCUUGACCAAAAUAAUUAAUGGCCACUGAAAAUUUUGGAUUUUGAAGUCCUACCAUCUUAUAUCCAGUGAAUUGCUAUAAGUAAGUUGUCAGGGAACUGCCAUCAGCUCAGAGGCGGGAGGUGGAAGUGCAGUUGGGUUACAGGGAGCCGCCCGAGCCGGAGCAAAGCGGGGGGGAGACAGGUCCCCCUUUGUCCACACCCUCUCUGCGCAGAGAGGGAAGGCGUAGGAUGGGGGUCAAAAGACUGCUCUGCUGGGGAGAGUUUAAGGACCGCCCACUCCCAGAUUCUGCUAGCGACUGAACAGACAUGGAAUUGAGACGUUCUGCAUUGUGAAUGUUUUGGACAGAUAAUAAAGCCUUGAAAAGACCAGUGGGAGUCUUGCCUGUUCGCUCUUGAGCAACCAUGCUGGCAUUCAUAACAUAAGUGUCCCAUUGGCAUAAGGGUUCAGUGCUCCCACCAUGCCCCCUAAAUCUGUUGUGGGGUUCCCCCGAACCCUUCAGAGCAGAUUGUGGAUGGUGUGGGGCAGUCCUGUUGCACAAGCUGGAAACCUUUAUACUGCAUUGGAUACAAACAAAAGUUUAGAGCUGUGUUUCCCAAACUUGGGGUUCCAGCUGUUUUGGGGACUACAGUUCCCAUCAACCCUAACCUCUGGUCUUGCUAGCUAGGGAUGAUGAGAGUUGUAGUCCCAAAAGCUGGAGACCCACAUUUGGGAAACACUGGUUUAGGGGCUUAGUGCAAAAUUCUAGAAUAUCUCUGCAAUUUUAAAUUGCGUAUUACUGACAUCACACAGUUUUUUAUAUGUUAAGGUAUUAAAACAAGCUUUCAUCAAAGGAUUUGUUGGGAGAGGGUAAACUUGCUGGAACUCUCACCCUAGUAAAUCACUUAGAGAAGAAAAAAUCUGAUUCACGCUGUUGCUCUAUUUCAGUGGAUCAGAUUGUUUUGUUUCAAAAGCAGUGGCUGGCCACUCUUUUGGAACUGAUGCAAUGUCAUAUGACGUUACACAGAUGAAUGGACCAUGCUUUAUUUUCUCCCCACCCCGCUUUUCAUCCAGUUUUACUGAGCCAUUUCUGAACCUGCUAAUGAAGGAGGUUAUUCACCCAGACAGCAAGGCUCCUGUUGGGAUAAAAUUGCAUUUUAUUGACAUCUAUCUGGAAGAAUUGGCUAAAGUUGGUGCUAAAGAGGUAGGAAACAAAACAUCUCUGUGUAUUGCUGUGCAAUCUAGCAAGUCUCCCUAAAAUAUAUGCUUAAAACGAGUGCUGUUAAUGUCUUCGCCUAGGAAGGAUAUUAAAGUCAAGUUUACUCUGUGUGUGUUUACUAUUUGCUUAGGUUGGGCACACUAUCUAAUUGAUUGUUGUUGUUGUAGCACUAUAUAAACAUAUAAAAUUUGAAAAUUUUGGUUAAUGCUAAUAAAAGCAAAUCCUCACCAUGGAGCAAUUGUGAAUUGCAGAUUUGCUCAACUUUUUAUGUUACCUAAAAUGUAAAAUGUCUUCCUUAAGUACAGUGGAAAUAACUAGACUUUAUAUAAUGCUUCCCAUCUGACAUUACAAAGGGGUGUCAGUAAUAUCAUCAUGAUAUGUGUUUCCAUCUUUUUGAAAUUGGUCAGGCUAUAUCAAAAGGAAACAAAAUAAUCCAUAAUAAUGACAACCUUAACAGAUGAUAGGAUAAUACAUCAUGUCAAAUCCUGACAGCAUUUCAGUUGGUUACACAGUAAUUCAUAAAUAUAUAUUUAGAAAUAAAAUAUAUUUCCUCCUUGUAUUUCUAUUGUUGUAGGCUAUCGUAUUUGUUUUAGCCAGCCUGUGUUAGUAUCUGUUUGGCAAGAGAGAGCUUAUCUUCUAUGAUAUAUUUACCCCAACUGUAAAAUGCUUCUUUCCCCCUGAGUCCUAGCUCUUUUCAAGGAACCUUGGGAAUAUUCAGAAUGGGAAAUUUCCCAUCUCUUUGAGUAGAAUUGGAAUAGGUUGAUGUUGAACUAACCAUGUAUUUUAUUUUUUUGCAGCUCACUGCAGACCAGAAUCUCAAAUUUAUAGAACCAUUCUGCAAAAUCGUUGCCAAGACCAAGGAGUAUGUUAUAUAGCUAUGUUUUGCUACUUGUAUUGACUCUGAAGUUAAAGGGUUGUCGGGGGGGGGGCGUUCUUCUUAAAUAGUAGAUAAUGUCUGGAUAGACUCGCAGAGCAUAAUUAAAACAGAAGAAGCGAGAUAGUGAAAUGUUCAGUUUGUGUAGCAAAGCUUUCUUUUGUGUGCCUUGAAAUGAAAGUGUGUAGCUAUGGGAACUGCAUGAGUUUCUUUUGUACUGAUGAUAAAAAAGCUAGUUCCUGAUCCUCAGGUGCUACUAUGGUGAUAUUGAAGAAAACCCUGGGCGAAUCCAAAGACAGCAGCUUCUGAUUCACAAUCCAUGUGAUUGACUUAUUGGUAGUUCUUUUAUUUACUCUUUGCAAAUGGCAUACAAUUUUUUCAAUUUUCAUGGGUUAGUUUUUGAUAGAUUGGAAAGAGGGUCCAUAAAAUGGAAUGCUUUUGUGAUGCUCCUUUUUCCCCCCCUUCCCCCUUAAUGGUUCAGUCAUCUUUUGCUGCAAGUCAUAAUCCGUGGCAUCUUUGAAACCAUUGUUGAUCAGUCCCCGUUUGCUAUAGAAGAUUUAAUGAAAGAACUGAAAGCAGGGAGCGAUGAUGACUUAUCGGAAGAAGAUGAAAGUAAUGAAGGAGAGAACGAGCCAGUCGUCAAAGGUAUGAGCCUGGCCACAGUAAUAACUGGAACGUCUAGAAUGGAUUCCUGUCAUGUCUUCUGCUUUGAAAACUUCAACUCAGAAUGCAACCAUCUGCUUACUAGUAAAAGUGAGCUCAUGGGAACAUGUGACACCUGUGGGAGCGCUCUUUCCUAGCCCCACCUAGAGAUACCAGGGAUUGAACCUAGAACCCUAUGUGUGCAAAGCUUAUUACUCUGUCUCGUUUUCAAAUUUCCCCACCUUUCUGGCCACUGUUUUAACAUGACACAUGUGUCCUUCCACUUGAGGGUAAAGGGAGAUUGUGUGUGCGUGCACGCACAUUGUCCUUAAGAUGCUGGUGUGCAACAUCUAACAGCUUGCAUAAAGCAUCUCUCCUUUAUGUUGAUGGCAGCUUCACUGACCUUAGUGAAGGCUGUUAUGGAUUUCACAUUUGGUGCUCUGUAAAACGUGUUGCUUUUAUCCUGCAGGCACAGACUUGCCAAGCAAACAUUCCCUAGAUUCAGAGGCACCAGACAACCUUUUAGAAGAUGCAGAUGAUAACAUUGGGCCUGUUCUCCAGGUGGGUAUUGAGUUUGACAACAUACUAAUUUCUGUAGGGUCUGAGCACUAGGGAUUGCCUUGUUAAAUCUGAUUAAGUUUGAUGGCUGCUCUCUUAUAAAUGAAAAGCUCUCGCAAACAAUAUUUAACUAGCCUAAUGAUCUUUUUUUCUUUGAAAACUGGUAGAAGACCAUUUUUAUUGUCUUGCUUGAUUUAAAUGUAGAUCAAAUUGCUGGUUCUCGAAGUGCAGGACCUGGAACACAAGUGAAUCUUGUGCAGUUUUGUGAGUGUUGGACUCACAAGAUUUCCUGAAGUGUGGUUCCUAUUGGGAUUUAUGAAAGUGAGGCCUGACAGCUGUAGGAUCAGUAACCAAAGGCCUGAGGAUGUGAAGGAGCAUGGCUGAGAGAAUGAGUGUACUUGGACUGGUGGGGAAGAAGCACAGGGACAGAGCUGGACAGAGAUGCUCCACUGGGCAGGCAUAGGCAAACUCGGCCCUCCAGAUGUUUUGGGACUACAACUCCCAUAAUCCCUAGCUAACAGGACCAGUGGUCAGCGAUGAUGGGAAUCAUGGUCUCAAAAAAUCUGGAAGGCCGAGUUUGCCUAUGCCUGCCAUUGGGGUUUUCCAAUUUGGAGUAAGUACAAAAUCAGUAAAUUAGUGUCUUAAGUGGUUCUGCGCUAAAUGAUUGAAUGCAGCUGAUCUGUGUUGCUGUAAUGCCUUCCUCUUUUAUGUUUACAGUUUGAUUAUAAAACUGUUGGCGACACACUGUUUGAAUUGGCCAGCAGAAAAAACACACCUGCUUAUAACAGAAAGUGUCUGUACAAAGUGGUGAAAAAGUAAGUUCCUAUGUAAUAAAUGUUCUUUCUGAUUGUGCUGACUUACCUGAUUAUCCUCUCUUUCCUUUCACUUUCUGGAGUCCCAACACCCUGCCCUUUUAUCUUUUGCUUCCCCAUAGUGCCUGUCAGCUCUUCCUUUUUGGGUGUAACUGAGACAACAUAAUUCCUUUCCACUUAUUUUUCAGGUUCCAAAAUCUUGCAGAAGGUGAGGCUUCAAGAACAUCUGCUACUGUUUCGUUUCCAUGAAGAAUUGUACAGUAGCAUAGGAAAGAAAAUACAGUCAUUUUAAAUUUGCAACAGAUAUCUUAUGUGCACCUGAAAGGGCUUCUUUUGGGGACAUUUAUAUCACCUCUUAUAGAAUUAUAGAGUUGGAAGGGAUCAUGAGGGUCAUCUCGUCCAACCUCCAUCAUAACCUACUGGAAAAUUGCUUGUAUCCUAACAUUAAUCACACUUGGAGCUGACCCAUUGAAAUAAAUGGACGGGACUAACUUUGGUCUGUUUAUCUUAAUGAGUAGAACUUAGCUAGAUAUAUCUGUGUCCAGUAUCGCAUGACGCUCUAAAGCAGGGGUAGGGGGACCUGUGGCCCUCCAAGUGUUGGACACCAACUCUCAUCCUCCUUGGGAUGAUGGGGGCUGGAGACCACACAUUCCCCAUCCCUGCUCUUAAAGAAGCAUAGACAGCCUGCAGCCUCAUAACCACAUGCGGCUCUCUGCUCAAUUGCAAGUGGGUGGUAAAUAAAGGAGGAAUGGAUUGGGGUGUGAGUGGAAGGGGCUGACUUAAAGGAAGAGGGUGGCAGAAAGAGAGGGAAGGGGUGCCCACCCAAUCUUUGCUUUAGCCCAGCCAAUUACCAUCAUGUAGCCACUGAUAGAUAAUCCCCAAAGGGUGGCCGUCCCUGCCUUUGGGGAGGUGUGAUAAGGUCUUGCCCUUCUCUUUGAAUGAACAGUUUGUUCUGCUUGGCAUUUAAGUUAAUGGAGAAAGAUACACACUAGAACAGCUGUCACCAGUCUGGCUGACUCCAGAUGCUGAUUGGGGCUGAUGGGAGGUGCAGUCUGACAACAUCUGGAGGCCACCAAGUUGGUGAUGGCUGGACUAAAGUAUAGGUAGAGAAAAGAGAGUGUUGUGUGGGUGAAGGACCUCUGAGCCACUAUUUGCUUGGGGGAAACUCUCACUCCAGUGUUCUCUCACUUCAGGGACCUUUCCACAGGAUGACUUCCCUGAAGACGUUUCUACAGAUGAAGAUGAUGAUACCUUCAGCAGGAGGAAGUGGAAAAGGAAAUCUGGCAAACCCUUGGAUAAAACACAACCAGAAAAAGAAGGUGAGGUUGUUACCAGUAUGUAAUAUCCUAACUUAGCCUGCAAUCCCAUACAAACUUUGCUGGGAGGGUAAACCCUAUGGAACUCAGAAGGACUUCCAUGUAGAAUCAUAGAAUGGUAGAGUUGGAAGGGACUCCGAAGGUUAUCUAGUCCAACACCCUGCAAUGCUGUAAUCCCAAUACGUCGUCCCCCAUCCAAUUUGAAACGAUUCUGGACCCUGCUUAGCUUUGCAAAUGUGCUAGCAGUUUUAUUGUUGUGCCACUAGGAGGAAAACGCCUGGAGACGAACCCAGGGCCUUGUUGUAGGAUUGCACUUUUAAGCAUCUUUUGUUUUACUUUCUUUAAGUAACUGACCAACUCUAACUGAACUUCACUAUGAUAAUAAAUUGUCUCUGCUGGAAAUUAGAAAUAGCUGUUGCUGUUGGAGUAUUAGCCGGAAGGGAGUGGAAGCUUUGCAGUGGCCUCAAGUUUUGUUUGUGUAUUUAAAAGCAUUUAUAUACCUCUGGCGAGUAAAAAUCCUAAAGCAGUUUACAGAGUUCAGAAAUAUACUGAAAUCAUAUCUUAGACAAAGCAAAUGCCACAGAUAAUAAUCAAAAAUACAAGAUGACGACAGAAGACUUGGGAAGUCUUGAUUGUGUUACAAAAUCAAGCACUCUCAAUAGGAUUUCUGCAUGCUGUGCUCGCAGUGUUGAAUCAAUAGGUUGGCCAGCCUUUUCCCUCCAGACUCUGGACAUUUUGAAAUGGGACUCAGCCAAAUUCUCCUGACUCUCCUGUGAAACGGCAGACAGUGCUAUUUUGUAUUUCUUUUCAUCUCUUUAUUUGUAACUUUUGUCUUUUUCUUAGAUAUAUGUGUGUAUAUUUUAUAUUUUUGUGUGCGUAUCGUUUUGAUUGAUGUAACGUCUCUGUUCAAUUAAACUGAAAGUAAAUUAACAGAGGGUGGCUGGAACUAAUGUUAAUUGCCAGGGAAAGCCUGAACAUUUAGGCCUUUCUGCAUGAACGUAACCUUGUUUAGACACUCUCCCCUAACACAAUUUACAGCAGCCAUAUGUCGAGGAGAGUGGGUCCAUAUACCCAGUAUUCUGCCUUUUCAGGUCCUGUUCCUGCCAACCUUCCACACAUUGAGGUGCAGAAGAUUUGAAGCAAUCAGCAUUCUAAAUCAUGCAGGAAGCCUACAUACAUAGAACUGACUCCUUAAUUCACACACACCUCCCCCCCCCAUACGCACACAUGAUAAUGAGGGCAUAGGAACAGAGCUGGUGAGUGUGGCUCUGAUCUUCCCCUCAAUGUGAUCCAAAUCCGGGGGGGGGGGGGGCAGUUAUCUGAACAGGGCUUAUUAAAAUAUCUAACAUGAAAAUCAAUGACAAUACAGUGGUACCUCAGUUUUCGAAAGUAAUCCAUUCCGGAAGUCCGUUUGAGUUCCGAAACGUUCGAAAACUGAAAGCGGAAGCCUCAGGAAGGAAGCCAUGUUUCCUGUUCUACUUCCAAGGUGCGUUAGAAAACCAAGGCAUUUAAUCUGGGUUUUCGGCGUUCGAGUUCCGAAACAUUUGACUAUGGAGGCAUUCGAAAACCGAGGUGGUACUGUAGUUGUUCUCAUCAGCUCUGUUAACAACAAAUACUGUACAGUAAUAGUAUAGCAGCUGCCCUAGUUGUGGACAGAUCAAUGGCUCAUCUUGUUUCGCAUUCUGUUUUCCAACAGUGACUAGAGCAGUACCUCUGGGACACGCAGAAGCUGGGUCUAAUAGUAGUAUCCAUUCCUCGAUUACUAAUCACUCACCCCAGGAGAUGGGGCCACCCACUCUUUCUUCAGGUGUAGAGCCCCCUUCCCAGGAAGAGAGAUAGGAGGCUGCUGCUCAACAGCCUGUUUGAAUUUAAAAGCUUAUUUAUUUUGUCUUUGCAGUUUGUUCUAGAAACAUAAAAAAUGGUAUUGAGGAAGAGGAGGAGCGCCCAGGGCCACAGAAGAAAAAGAAGAAGCGAAAGAGGAAGUCCAGCCAGAUGGUUGACUUUGGUAUAGCUGCUGAAUGUAAUGAGAAGGGACUGGUCCCUGAGGAAGGAUCCAAAGAGCCAAACCAGGACAGUGAAUCAUUAAAUAGUAAGAAAAGACCAAAGAAGUCUUUAAGCAUGGAGGUCAGUGAAAUGGAUUCUUCAGCCGCACCCACUGUAGGUAUCAGUGGUGAUUCUGUGCUGGAGACCUUGACUUGUUUGGUAAACAGCAUAAAGAAACAGCCCAAGAAGAAAAAUGGCCGCCUGCGGAAAGUCCCUAUAGAAUUCACCCAUCAAAAUGGACAGGCUCAUAUAAGUACCGAGGAAGAUCCCAGCCACUGUGCUGCAGUAGCCUGCGGUAGCAAAGCAAUUAAGAAGAAACGGAAAGCAGGGACUGGCGUGAUAUCUGGGAGCAGUUUUUCUGAAGAGGCUGUUGAGCAGCCCAAAAAGGAAAACUUGGCAGAAUCUGGAUGCACAGUGCUCCGAAAAGUUAAAUUGAGGAAAAAACAAAAUUUGGUCAAGAUUAGGGGUUCCAAGCAGAAAAUAAUCAGCUUGAAAAAGAAAAAGAAAAUCAAGGAAGUCCUAAGUUCCAUGGAAGAAGCUGUAACUGAAGUUGAAAACAAAAAGAGCAAAAGCAGUGUAAGUAGGUCUGUCCUGCAACUUGCAAUGUCUGGUUCCACCUCAGCUUGGGGAGCAGGUUGCGGAGGACUCUCUGGCCACAAUAAACAUUCUAUUGGGCUGCAUUUUCUGAUGUUCUGCUUUACAGGUAGCACCAGAUCUGUGUACUUUUGCCUCAGACAGCUAUAUUUCCAACCAUAGCUUUCAACGUUUCCCUUUUUUUAAGGGAAAUACCCUUAUUCUGAAUAGGAUUCCUUGCAAGAAAAGGGAAAAGUUGACAGCUAUGUUUCCAACACAGAUCGUUCUGCUUCUAUUUGGAGAGAAUGUAUAUAAUGGGUGGUUUUACUAGUAAAACAGGUGACCAGAUAGAAGCUAAAGAAGAAAUCAAUUCCCAAAUCCCAUGUGUUGUUGCUUUUUAAAAUCUGUUUUCUGAAACUAAGAAGUUAAAGCUUUGACAGUUUAAGAUUAGACAAGCAAAGGCCUCACUACCUGUAUUUCCAUGACAUUAUUUAAAUUCUCUACUCCUGAUCUGAUUGCUGUUGGCCAGUUUAAUGGAUUUUCUCAUACUAAUGCGGACAUCCUCUUGUCUUUCCAGAUGAAGUCAUGCAGUUUCAGUGCGUGGCUUGUCUAAUGUUUGUGGUCUUAAAGGUUGAGGGAGUUAUGUGAUCUAGCUGUACAAAAAGGAGUGGAAGUCAUGGACAUUUUGCAGUGUAUAUAGACUAUGUUGUAUGCCCAUGGUUUGCUAACAAGGUUCCUGUGAGCACCAGUAGACCUAGUGCCUCCUACGUUGCCUGCAAAAGGCCCCUCAUAAAUAGCCCCUCAGCGCAUGAGAAACUGCUCUGGCUCAGCCUUUUUUUACAUUCAACACAUCCCCAUUUAAUACAGUAGUGGUGAGAUGGAGCAGGGACUGAGCCACUGCUGCUUACCAGAAGGAGAGGAGAAGCAGUUGGCUCAGCUGGGUGCAGGUGCAUCAGCAGGAGCUAGUCCAGCGCUCUUGCCGGACCAUUUCCACCAAGGCCCCUGGUGCUGUUCAGCAUCCUAUUACUGUGUCCAGACUCUGCUAAUUGGUCUCUGCUGCUCUUUUCUCUCCCUGCAGGAAACAGGUGGCGCUGCUGUGCUGCUAAGGAACAAGAAGGCAAAGACGGGAAAUGAUUUUGUGAAAUUUGAAAAGACAACUCUACCAAAGCCAGUGUUCUUUAGAAAAGCUAAAGGCAGCAUUUCCCCCAUGCAGGUAUAGUGACAAAGAUGCUAUAAUUUGCAGCUAAAGCAGGGGCAGGGAGCCCAUUUCAGCGCAAGCGCCACAUUCCCUUCAGGGCAACCUUUCAGGGACCACAUGCCAGAGAUGUGGAGAGCGGUUGUGUGAGGAAAGACCUGACAUGCUCUCUUGCGUGAAAAUUUUGGAGGCUUGCAUGCCAUGCUUGCUAUCUCCUAAGAAACUUUAGGCAUAGAAUUUUCAGAAUUUCUCUUCUCUGCAAGCCAAACUGCAUGUGACCACAUUAAAUGUGUAUUUGUAUUUGAGGAGCAGAGUUUUAAUAUUUUUGGGGGGCACAUAACAUCAGCUUGCAGUGAGGGGUGAUAAUUAUUAGGAUCCCAUACUGCAAUUGCAAUUAGGGAAAAAUAUCCCACUGGCACUAAUGGGAGCUUUUCCCCAAAGCCUAUUGGUCACACCUAGGUGUCUGCAAAGUAUAUUCAGUAGGAAUUGUAUUUAUAUAUUAAAACGUUUUCCUGUACAAAACACACCAGAACUUAAGUGAAUAUUUUAUACUGCACAAAACUGCAAAUAUUUCAGUCUUUCAGAAACUAAACUACCGAUGAUGAUGAUGAUGAUGAUGAUUAACUGUGUUUUUGGGAAGCACUUCAGAUAUCAGAGAGACACUAAAAGUGUUUUAAUAAAGGGAAGGGUUUAACUGGUCCAAAAACACAAGUUUAUCUGCCAUUUUAAUCUCUCUUUGUAGUUAAGCAAGCUGCAAUCUUCCAACUCCAAAAAGGUCACCUUUGGACUGAGUAAAAACAUGACUGCUGGUAAGUUCAAAAUGACUUCAAACCUUGUUGCUUCUCUGAAAACAGGCAGGUAAAACAGUGGAAGGUUUGAUGCAGUUUUAAAUAGCAGUUGCUAAAUGUUGCCCGUGCAUGUAAUUGUGGUAAGAAUUUACUUCUACGCCAGCUGUUUAUUGCCCAGGUGAAGGAACAUCUUUUAAAUAAAACACAGAACCAAGAGGAAAAUGGCAUGCAUGGCUCCAUUCCAAGGUCAACUUCCCAAUAUUUACCUUGGGUGCCCCAAGCCAUUUAGCCUCAACUAUCACACUUUAACUCAGUUGCCUUAGCCACCAGGCCUUCAGUAGUGGCUAGAGACAUUCCAAUCCCAUAUCUUACUUCCCUUUCCCCAAAACAUCUGGAGGAGCUUCAAGGAGAUGCUGGAUUUACAUCCUACUGUUAACUCAAAACAGACAUAGCAAAACAUACUGGCUGGCUUGUCACUUUUAGGGUUAGAUAAGAUUACAUGUUUAUAGCUUAACAAGCAUGAGGGUUGCAAAAUGCAGGCACACAGGAAUCGUUGACUGAUGCAUUCUGUCCAAAGGUUAAAUGCAUUUAAUAUUGAAACAAAGACAAAAUCCAUAUAUAAUGUCUUAAUCAACUACCAAAAAUGUGCCUCAUUGUGAUUUAUACACAGCUCUUUAGCACUGCCUUUUGUACCACACAGAGCAGCGUGCAACCAUUAAAACACAACAUUCCUUUAACAAUAUAAAACAAACCAAUAUAAAAACGAGGAGGUAUCACAGUUAAAAGCCCCAAAGCGAUUUCGCCAUGUAUAAAACAUCAGCCUGGGAAGCAAAAAGCAAGAGUUUUCCCCAAUCAGUGUGUGGGAGGGGUUCAAAUGAACACCGCAAGUUGAGGUAUGCCAUAGCCUACCUGCAACCAGCAAGAAGGCUCUUCUCGUUCAUAGUAACUUAUCUUGUAUCCACUAUAGGUUUGACAAAGAGAAGGGCCUCUCCACCAGCCCUUAGGGCACAAGUAAUCUAGUACAGUCAUACCUUGGCUCCCGAACAGCGCAAACCCAGAAGUGAGUGUUCUGGUUUGUGAACGUUCUCGGGAACCCGAACGUCCAACGGGGCUUCUGCGGCUUCCGAUUGCCUGCAGGAGUUUCCUGCAGUCCUUCAGAAGCCACACUUUGGUUUUCGAACGUUUUGGAAGUCGAACAGGCUUCCGGGACGGAUUCCGUUUGACUUCCAAGGUACGACUGUACAAUUGUCAAACUGGUUUAUGGAAGAAGAGGGAAGAAGCUGUUGUCUGUGACACCACUGAGGUGGGAACAAACCUCUCAUUAGAUUCACCACCAUCUGGGCUGAAAAGGAGAUUCUGCGCCCCAUAUGAACUCUGUCCCUGAGCGCAUAAACAGCUAAUAGUCAUUAAUGGCUAUACUCUGCAUAUCAGAAACACCAUGCCUCUGAACAGUAGUUGCUGGGGAACAUGAUUAAGAGAAUGGUAUUCUUGGUCUUAUGUCCUGUUGUGAGCAUCCCAUAGGCCUCUUGUUUUGCCAUUGUGGGAAACAGGAUGUUGGACCAGACACACCUUUAGGUCAGGCCCAGUUGACACAUGUGGUCUGGCGUACCGAAGCAGACAGGCUCUUUGGUAAUAAGUAUAGAAUACUUUCGGUCUGCAGUGUUCCAUUUGUUCCCCCAGAAUCUCUCUAGAUUCCUUCUGUGCACAAACAGCUCUAGCAACCAUCGAAAUGUUUGCACAUGCUUGAUAACAAUAUGAUGCAAUAUUCAAGUUUUUGCUUUUUAAUCUUUCCUCUGGCAGAAUUUAAGACGACAGACAAAAGUAUCCUGGUCACCCCAGAGGGAGCCUCCCGGGUGGCUUUCAAUCCUGAGCAAAAACCAUCUCACGGGGUGCUGAAGUCCCCUGCCAGCUCUUCUGCAGAAGCAACACCUCAAAUGAAGAAAUCCCUUUUAAUGCCAACUAAGAAAAGACCAACUGCUAUUGACUUCUUCUAAGCCAAUAAGGAGAGGAGUAGUUUUUGUACAGAACAGUCCUGUAUAACCAGUUGCUUCUGGAGGUAUUUUGGGAAUCUUCCUUUUCAAGUUAAUGGGAUAGUAUACAUAAGGUUCUGAUUGUGUGACCCUUGGUGCUGUCAACUGUAAUAAGCACCUAUUUGGCUGUACAUUGAGACUGUUUUGUGUAUGCUGUUAACAAAAGAAAGGUAAUGGCACAUGACCUUAGGGUUCCAUUUAUGGAGGCCCAUCUUUUAUUUUAUUUUUGAAAUAACCCUAUCACAUUGUGAAUGAAUGUGUACAGAUUUGUUCUGAACUGUUGUUGCUUGCACUCUUUUAAUCAUUGGUUGUUGUUUUUCCUAGUGAAGAGGUUUUUGGCAUUUAUUGGCUUAAUUCCAUGGGAGCUAAGAAGUACACAACCCCUCUCACAUGCUUCCUGUUCUGCUUUUCCUUCUUUCCCUUUCAAGCUAUUUUCUCUUAUCUUCCUACCAAAGGGUAUGGAUUAGAAAUGGAAUAUCUGUGUUGAGGUGAACUACUUCUGUGGAACAACCACUUGCACCUCAGUUGGGUAGCCCGCUGCCAACACACAUCUCAUUAUUGUCUAUAGCCCAAGUAUUCCAGUUGACACAUAUUUCCUAAGCACUUGAAAUAGCAUUGUGGGCUACUUCAGAUUUGCUUCUCCUUUUUGUGUAAGAAGGUAUGGUGUGUGUUUGUGUGUGUUUUGUAAAUUUUUGCAUUUUUAUAAUGUUCUUAUCCCUGGGCCCAUGGAUAAAGACUAGGUCUUAAUUAUUAUCCUCCCUUCAUUAAAAGGAGCUAGGUUAGUAUGGCCUUUAUUUAUAUCUGAAAGCCUUAAUGCCUUUUGACACAGGGUAAAGAUGGUUUGGAUAGUAAGGUGGCUUUGAAAGCAAGGCCAUAUUUUUAAUCUGCAGUGUAAGUUUUAUUGAUGGUCAUCUUACAGUAUGCUAACAUGAUGGUGCCUAUCUCCAUUCUCCUGUUGAUUUCUGUGCAAAACGAUAAAAUUUUUUGUACCAGAUAAUUUAUUUACUGCAAGUUUUAGACUCUCAGUCCCUUUUUCUCAAAUGCAGCAUAGCACGAAGACAUAGCCCAGGAAACAUUGUGGACAUUGACACUGGGUCAUGUGGGUCAUUUUUUAUUUUGAUGAAGAGAUCUUUGUGGUAAUAUUCUUUGUACUCCAGCUUCAGAAUAAAUGGACAGUCACUUCAAUUACUAUCUCUCCACAGUGCUAAUAAAGUUUCAAGCUAAUAAUACUCUUACUGACUGUUUCACAUGUCUCAUGUGUUGUGCUGUGUUACUGUCCCCGUCUGUGGCUUGUGGUGUUGUUCUGAGCGUGCUUGGUGGUUGCUUUAUCUCCUUGCAGUUUUAAAUACUGUGAUGUGACUUGGUUAAGACAGACAUGCUUGAGUUUUGGAGAUGUCUUGUAUCUUGUGUUGUAUAUGGUCAAUUAGCAAACUAUAACGGAAGGCAUACAUCUUAAAUAGAAGUAUUAAUAUUGGUUCUUUAAAUGGAGUUUAAUAUAAAAAAAAGCAACAAAUGUGGGGCACUGUGUUGGAAAACUACUUGUUGUGAUAAGAUAGUGGGGAAGUGGAACCAAAAUAAGCCAGUGAUUUACUUUCGUACAAGAAUAUGGACAGCAAUAGUUGUAUGUUCAUUCUUAUGUUGGAGAUGUUAUAAUUCUCCAGCUAGAAAGAUGGAACUGUAAAGAGAUUGGAGAAGAGUUUCUUUAAUGCUCUGAACCUCAGGGCUUUGUGGUUGCCCUAACAGUCAAAAGAUGGUUCUGUUACUGUCAGAUGGCAGCGGUGGUUGCUCAUGAGUAAUCAGUCAGGACUCAGACCUGUCUUUUACAGGUUUUAUUUUGGUGCAAAACUAUUUACAGGGCAGAGCCACAAGUUCAUGUCUGCCUCAAUCGCUAGCAGAAUCCGGGAGUGGUUGUUUCCAGGACCUCCCCCAACAUAAGAGCUUUGUCACCCCCAGCCUUUUCCUUCCUUCUUUGCGUUUUACACCUCUGUGCAGGGUGGGCGAUGGAAGGGGCGUGCUUCCCUCCUGGCCAGCUUGGUCAGGAGCGGUGCUGAGGCACCCCAGCAGCAUCCUCUGGUCCUUUCCCCUCUUCCCCACUGGAGGUGUGGCUUUCCUCACCACAGGAAGAGGAACUGCUUCGCAAGAUUUUCGGAGGUUCCCUGUAACCCAACUGCCCCUCUGCUUCCCUACCCUGUUCCAAUGGCAGUACCCUGACAGUUACCAAGGCUGUUGCAGGACAAAAGUCAGGGUCAGUAUCAUUCAGAAGUAGUAGUGGGGGCCCAAGCAAGGCUUCACCAUUGAUACUUGCCCAAGGGCUCUCUUUAUGCUUCCCCCCACCCCCUCAGACUGGUAUUGCAAGCAGCACUAGACAACAGGGUCUAGCCACCAUUUAAAUUCCCCACAAUGCCCCGAUAUAGCAUUAGUUCAAGGCAUUGUGGGAGAUUUAAAAUGGUGGCUAGACCAUGCUGCUGCUAGUCAAGCCUGUCAGAGACCACAGGUAGAGACGUAGGCUUACUAGAGUUUACCAGGGGACCCCUCGUUCAUGAUGAGGCUGGCCCUGACAAGACCAUCAACACAUCUUGAUGAAUGUUAAGGUAAUUUGACUGUUGUUGGGACUUUCGGAAUGAUGGAUUCUAAUUUAAUGGUUGAUUUCUGAUGGGGGGGGCUUGUAAACAUGCAUGUGUAGUAUACAUUUUCCUGUUCUUCCAUGUUUCCUGAGAAUUUCAUUCCAAGAUGUUAAUUUCUACGAAUGAUACAAUAUGUGAUGUUUUAAUUUAAAACUACAUAUCUAAACACAAGGUGAAAAUAAAAACAAUGUCCUGUUGUUGAUAAGACUACAAAAAGCAGGAAUCUCAGCUUUCCAACCAGUUUGUCUGUUCAUGGGUGCAUUCUAAAAAUAUCUAGGAUUACUAUGAGUUAUAACUAGUCCUGUUAAAAAGCAGAAUUUGCAAAGAUCUUAUUUUUAAAAGAAUAUUCACUCGGUUUUGUAAUUAAACUGGCUUAAAUGAAGCAGAACACUGUUUAAAAAAGGUUUGUGUUUAAAGCUUUGUAUUUAAAAUAUUUUAGGAAUAAAAGCAUUUUUUAUC